AUGUCCGCGGUCCAACAGAAAGUGAUGGUUCCCCCAGUGAACCUUUUAUUCAAACUUUACCAACAAGAAUCAACAGUACAGAUCUGGUUAUACGAACAAAACCAUUCGCGUAUCCAGGGUAAAAUAUGCGGGUUUGAUGAGUUCAUGAAUAUCGUUGUUGGAGAAGCUAUUGAAAUCGAUACCAAAGACACCAGUAAGCGCACACCAUUGGGGAGAAUCCUUUUGAAAGGUGAUAAUAUAUCGUUGGUCAGUAGCUUGGACGUCUAA